AACGGCGUUCCACUGAUUGGACGAAGUAGGCAACGUUUUCCUGCGCCUAGGGAACUUGAGUACGCGGGCCCGAGCGGGCGGCACUCGACAAUAUGAGAUUUCGCCCGAGAUGCGCGGCUGCACUAGUGGUGCUACUGCAGGCCGUCCUUGUGGCAAGCAAGGCUUUGGAUCAAACACAGCUGCAGCCACAGUCACAGCAACAAAUUCCAUAUGGUACAGUGGCACAAAAGAGGUGGACAGAACCCAGUGGAUUCGUAGGACAAUCUGGUGGACCAAGUGGACACGGGGGUGGCGGAUAUGGAGGUGGUGGUGACCUAGGUGGCCACGGAGGUGGAUAUGGAGGGGGAGGAGACAUCGGAGGUCACGGAGGAGGUGGCUACGGUGGAGGUGGUGACCUGAGUGGCCACGGGGGAGAUAUUGGAGGACAUGGAGGUGGUGGCUACGGGGGUGGAGGAGAUAUUGGAGGACAUGGAGGUGGUUUCGGGGGUGGAGGAGAUAUCGAAGUUCAUGGUUCAGAUAGUGGAUUUGGAGGCUCUGGUUACAACGGUGGUGGUGGAGGUGGAGAUGAACACCACGAUGACCAUCAUCAUGAUUCCGGCUACUGGAAGAAGAAGCUAGUUUGGAAACCAGGCUGGAAAAAAAUCUGGAAAUCAGCUCAGAAACAAAUCUGGAAGCCUGCGUGGAAGAAGGUAUGGAAACCAGUCUGGGAACCAACGAAAAAAGCAGUCUGGAAGGAGAUUCAAGUGCCAGCAUGGAAGAAGAUCUGGAAGCCAGUUUGGAAAGAGAUCCAGGUGCCAGCAUGGAAGGAAAUUCAGGUUCCAGAUUGGAAGAAAAUUUGGAAGCCAGUCUGGAUACCCAUAAAGGUACCAGCAUGGAAGGAGAUUCAGGUACCAGAUUGGAAGAAGGUCUACAAGCCAGUUUGGAAGGAGAUUAAGGUAGCAGCCUGGAAGGAUAUUCAGGUACCUGCAUGGAAGAAAAUCUGGAUACCGGAAUGGGUCAAGGUUGGAAUUCCUGGACCUCAUAAGCUAGGAACUGAUGACCAUGGAUGGAUGUACACUAGCCAUGAUCUUUGGAAGAAGAAGUUGGUAUGGAAACCUCAGUGGAAGAAAUAUUGGAAGCCUGCUAAGAAACAAAUUUGGGUGCCGGAUAAGAAGCUCGAGUGGAAAGAGGAGUGGAAGCAGAUCUGGAAGCCAGCUAAGAAACAAAUCUGGGUGGAUGAUAAAAAACUGAUUUGGAAGGAGGAAUGGAAACAAAUCUGGAAACCAGCGAAGAAACAAAUAUGGGUACCAGACAAGAAAUUAGAGUGGAAAGAAGCCUGGAAGCAGAUUUGGAAGACGGAAAAGAAACAAGAAUGGAUUCCAGACAAGAAAUUAGCUUGGAAGGAAGAUUGGAAAGAAAUUCAAGUACCUGCUUGGAAGGAAAUUUGGGUACCAGGUUGGAAGAAGAUCUGGAAGCCUGUUUGGAUUUCGGAAUGGUUCCCUAACGAGGAUCAUCAUCAUCACAAGAGUUCCGGCUGGGAAGAUCGAAAAGACGCUCAAAGUCAGGAAACUCAAGCUAAGUUGAAUAUUCAGCCUCUUGAUAAACCAAAAAUCUCCGUAGCUCAACAGCCUCUACAGCUGACAGGUGAAAAUCAAGUUCGAUGGGAUAGGUCACUUCAGGUUAAAGCUGAACUGCCUACGAUCACUCAAGAUCUAAAGCCGCCUCCUCUACCAACAAAUCAAAAAAUAGAGAACCUAAACUUCCAAUCCCCAAGUCAAUGACGUGUGCUUGUCCCUGGUAAUAAAAUCAUGUACAAAACCCCUUCGCAAGAAUAAUGUAUCAUAAGCCACUGUACAUAUUAAUUUUAAGGUAUCCAAAACAUACGAAGUAAGAUAAUUCUUAGCACUCGCUACUUGACUGAUAGAUCCCUUUAUUUUUUAUACAAAUGGGAAUCUACACUUUGUAUAUGACGUGCUGAACGUUAUUGCUUUUUUAUCGAAUUUUUGAUACACGCAUGUUGUUGUUUGUGUUUCUAUUGUUAACUAAUGCCGUUACGAAUAAAAUUAAUUAAUAUUUUGUUAAU